CCGUCUGUGUUUCCGAAGCAGGCUUCCGACACGAGCGAUGAUUCCCUGCAGCGCCCUACGCACUGCAGCUUCUCUUCCACCGGCGCCGCUGAUUUCACCGACCUCACGCGGCGUUACUGGCUUCAACAUCAGCCCCAGAUUUCCGAGCCGAGGCGGCUCCUGCCGGAGAGUUUCCUGCUCACUCGAAAAUUCCGAUGUGUUUGCGGCGGCGUCUCAAAAUUCUUCGGAAAACGGCGGAUUGGUAUCGGAGCCGAGGAUUGGGAAUGGAUGUUUUAAAUUUGAAGUGAGAAGUCCGUUUGUUCCAGCUCGUAUAAUAUCAGUGCCAAGGCUGAGUUUGACCGAUCAGGCUUUCUUGCUUUUCGCAUUUAUUGGCUCCACGACUUGUUUAGCAUUCACCAGCUUAGUUGUUGCAGCUGUGCCGACCUUAUUUGCAAUGCGGAGGACAGCAAUAUCUCUAGCAAAGUUGGCUGAUACUGCUCGUGAGGAGCUUCCCAGUACAAUGGCUGCAAUUAGGUUGUCUGGCAUGGAAAUCAGUGAUCUCACUCUAGAAUUGAGUGACUUAAGCCAAGAAAUUGCAGAUGGAGUCAAUAAAUCUGCCCAAGCUGUGCAAGCUGCAGAAGCUGGAGUUCGACAAAUAGGUUCACUUGCUCGUCAACAAACAAUGACUAUGAUUCAGGAAAGGGCUAGCCUCCCAAUAAUCUCAUUACAACCAGUAGUGGCUGGGGCUGCGAAGAAGACUUCUCAUGCUGUAGGUCAAGCCACGAAAGCUUUCUUGAAUAUCAUAUCUCAAGGUGAGAAUAACUCGGUGGGUGAAGAUGCAAUCUCUGAAGACAGGAUAGACAUCUAAAGAAAUCCGUUGAUGUACUGAUUUACAGUUGGAAACUACAAGUGAUACAUCAUUCCUAAUUUGGUUGCAUAAGCAAACAAAUUUCGCUUCUUAGUUCUCUACAUAUGAAGAUGAUGCAAAAAUCUUUGUAGCAUUUUCUCUUGUGUAUAGGUCAUUAUCUUUCCACAAUAAUGGGGAUAUUAGCCAAGUGGAACAGAUAUUCUUUAUCCAUAUAAAGUUUGUUUGAAUUGAUUGUGUAUGCUUUAAUGGUA